AUGGAGCGUAUCCUUCGCUUUCUGGUGGCCGAGAUUUCUGCCAUUGAGGGCUGCGAAAUUGUGAAGAACAAGGUGGACGAAUUUCUUCGCUUUGAGGAUGCAUAUACCUUGGAGGGCGUUGAAUCGGAACUUCAGUCCUUGUACAAGACCUUCAUGAAGUUCAAGGAGAACAACAUGAACCUAACCAAUGAGCGCAACCAGGCAGUGGAGGAGGCUGAGGUGGUGGCUGUGGCAAAGGGCAUGUUGGGCAGCGGUGGGACUCCGGACUUCAUGGUGGACGAUGAGAGCUUUGAAGCCAGCGCCAAGAAGCCCUUGGUGGAAUCUGAAGGAGGAGCUGGCACCGGAAGGCUGGGCUAUUUGGCCGGUGUGGUGCCCAAGGUUGAUGAGGCCCGCUUCGCGCGCGCCCUCUGGCGCGCCGCGCGCGGCAACACCUUUGCGCAAUUCACGCCUAUCAGCCAGACUGUGAAGGAUCCAAAGACAGGUGUCGAAGUUCAAAAGAGUGUCUUCGUGGUCUACUUCCAGGGAGCAGGAGGCCCUAUGCAGCAAAAGGUGAUGAAGGUUUGUCAAGCCUUCGGCGUCAACAUGUACAACUGGCCCGUCAGCGCGGACCAAGCGGGCGUGAAGCUGGUGCAGCUGCAAAAGGUCGUCGUGGAGAAGGACGCUGCCCUGAAAGGUUUCUCUGACUUCAUGCGCUCCGAGGCGCAAGAUCUCUUGACUCCUCCAAGUCACAACCCACAGGGCAAUUCCAAGAUGGAAGAGUGGCGUCUCUUUUGCAUCAAGGAGAAGGCCAUCUACAACAUCUUGAACCUUUGCUCUGGAGAAAUCGCCUUGCGGGUGAAUGUGUGGUACCCCGCAUCUGAAGAGUCCAAGAUCAUCGCGUUGCUGCAGAAACUGAACGAGGGCUCACAGCAGGGUGCCUUUCUGACCAACGAGAAGCAGGUGAAGUCGCUGGCGCCGACUUACAUUCGUGUUAACGACUUCACCGAGGGUUGGCAAGAAGUCAUCGACACCUAUGGCAUCCCCAAGUAUCAGGAGGCAAACCCUGCGUUGCUAUCUGUGGUGACCUUCCCAUUCAUCUUCGGCAUGAUGUAUGGCGACGUGGGCCACGGCACGCUGCUCUUCUUGGCGGGUCUUUGGCUGUGCAAAAACGCUGAGUCCUUGCGCUUCACUCAACCGACCCUCUUCAUGGUGCGCUACAUGGUGGUGAGCCUUGGUUUCUUUGCCAUCUAUGCGGGGUUCAUGUACAAUGACUUCUUCUCCGUUGGUCUUCAGCUCUUCGAUAGCCGAUGGAAGGAAGUGGGCGGAGGAAACUACGAACCAGAUUAUGAUGUGAAGAAUUCUGGUGGUCGUGGUCCAUACCCCUUCGGUCUCGACUGGGCGUGGCAUGGCUCCAACAACGAGUUGCUGUAUGUGAACUCGCUGAAGAUGAAGCUCUCCGUCCUCUUUGGAGUGCUGCAGAUGACCGUGGGCGUUUUUUUGAGGUGGGGCAAUGCAUUCUACGAGAAGAACAUGACGGACUUCUUUUGUGAGUGUGUUCCCAUGAUGAUUUUCAUGCUUUGCUUCUUUGGAUGGAUGGAUGUGAUGAUCCUCUACAAGUGGGUGCAUCCGAUUGACAAUCCUCCCAGCAUCAUCAACUCCUUGAUUUGUAUGGCCAUGGGUCAGAAGGACUUGUUUCCCCUCUGGGACGGCUCGGUGGAGCUGGCGCAGACUCUGAUGAUGUACACGGUGUGCGCUGUGCCCAUCAUGCUCCUGCCCAAGCCAUUGAUCCUGCUGUACCAGCACAAUCAGUCCAAGAAGGCUGGUGAAGGUGCUUUUGUGGCUAUUGAGGAACACGCCUCCAACAACCACGGGCAUGGCGAGGAAUUUGAGUUCGGUGAGGUCUUUAUUCAUCAGGUCAUUGAGACGAUUGAGUUUGUGCUGGGAACCGUGUCCCAUACCGCAUCUUACUUGCGUAUUUGGGCAUUGUCUUUGGCCCAUCAGCAGCUGUCCUUGGUGUUCUUCCAGAAGACCAUCACCAUGGGCUUGGAGAUGUCGUUUCCGCUGAACGGUAUCGUGAUCUACCUGAUGUUUGGUGCUUGGUUUGGCAUCACCCUAGCUGUCUUGUUGGGUAUGGACGUCCUAGAGUGUUUCUUGCACACCUUGCGCUUGCACUGGGUGGAGUUCCAGAGCAAGUUCUACAAGGCGGAAGGCUUGAAGUUUGCGCCCUUCUCUGUCAAGAAGCUCCUCACACCCCAAGACGAGUGA